CUCUGCGGGACGCGGGACUCAUUCAUUUGGAAACAGCCUCAUGUGAGCGAGGAGAGAGCACACACCGGGACAUGGAUAUAACUGUCAGGCAUUACACCGCCAACACAUAACCUAGCUUCUGUUCCUGGCGAGUAAAUUUAUAAAGACACCACAGGGCUGUGUCGUUCAUAGAGAAUAUGCAUCUAAAUCGACUUUUUUAUCAGCUGUGCUUUUUGGGCAUGUGUGCCACUGCAGAUACGCAGUCUUCUCAGGAUUCGGAGUUUGAAAUCGUAUUCCCAGAGUUGUUUCCAGACACGAGUCCACCGCCUCCUGAUAAACCAAAUAUCCGAGAGGCUGACGCCAACGCCGGGAGCAGUUCUCGGGAGGUCCGCUCCAUUUCAAAUUGGGAAAGCUACGAAUCGCAUGAACUGUACCACCGGGAACCACCAGGACCGCAAACUAAAGCUGCUUCGGCUCUGCGUCUCAAAAUCCCAGCCUUUGGAAAAGAUCUGGAACUCAUAUUGAAUCGGGAUACGCGUUUCUUGUCCCAGAAAUUCAUGGUAGAGAAGAGACCGAAAGCACGAAAGGCAUCUCCGCGCAACCCGCCAGCUUUCUCAUCUGCCAACGCGGAGGCAGCGUGUUAUUACAGCGGAACUGUUCUCAAUUACGCAGGAUCCAUCGCCUCAUUCAGCACCUGCGCCGGUCUGAUGGGCUUUAUUCAGCUCAAUGAAGAUUUUCUUUUCAUCGAGCCUUUGAAUCACACUCUGGCGGUCACGGGACAUGCCCACCGAGUCUACCGGCGAAGGCGCUCGCUGGCCAAACAGUCUGCGCCCAAAUACUGCGGAGUCAUCCCUGAGAAGCAUAAGAGUAAGAGCAAGAAGCACCAGGAGCCGAGCAGAGGGAAGCGCUACUCCUACAAACUGCAGCAGGAGUACAAUGUGGAGACGCUGGUGGUGGCCGACCCGGCCAUGGUCUCUUACCACGGCUCCGAAGCAGCCAAACGGUUCAUACUCACCAUCAUGAACAUGGUCUUUAACCUGUUCCAACACAAGAGCCUUGGCAUCCAGAUCAAUAUCCGAUUAACCAAACUGGUUCUGCUCUCCGAGACACCACCAGACAUGUACAUAGGGCACCAUGGGGAGAAGAUGCUGGAGAGCUUCUGCCGAUGGCAGCAGGAGGAGUACGGCAGGAAGAACAUGAUGUCCGACUUCAGUGCCAGAUGGAGAGAUGACCCUCCCUCGGUGGACUCGGCCAUCUUCAUCACGAGGAAGGACUUCUGCGUCCAUAAGGAUGAACCCUGCGACACAGUGGGGAUCGCGUACCUCAGCGGCAUGUGCACGGAGAAGAGGAAGUGCAUUCUCGCCGAGGACAACGGCCUCAGCCUGGCCUUCACCAUCGCCCACGAGAUGGGCCACAACAUGGGGGUGAGCCACGACAACGACCACCCGGCGUGCGCCGACGGCCUCCACAUCAUGUCCGGUGAGUGGAUCAAAGGACAGAACCCGGGAGACGUGUCCUGGUCCACCUGCAGCCGCGAGGACGUGGAGAAGUUCCUCAGGUCCAAGGCGAGCAGUUGUCUGCUGCAGACAGACCCGCUCAGUCUAAACUCGGUCAUCUUGCCAUCCAAACUCCCGGGCGCUGCCUACACGGCCGAUGAGCAGUGUCAGAUCCUCUUCGGGCCGUCCGCCGCACACUGUGAGAAGAUGCAGUAUGUGAUGUGCUCUGGGCUUUGGUGCCACGUGGAUGGAGAGAAGGACUGCAAAACCAAACUGGACCCCCCCAUGGACGGAACUGAGUGUGACACCGGAAAGUGGUGCCGGGCUGGUGAGUGUGUGAGCCGAGUCGUGCCGCCAGAACCAACACCAGGAGUGUGGGCCUCCUGGGGCCCCUGGGGAACCUGCAGCCGGACCUGCGGCAGCGGCAUCAGUGCCCGACAGCGCAGGUGUGAGAGCUCCAGGUCUGGUGGGAAAGGGCAGCAGUGCCUGGGCGCGGGAAUGCAGUACCGGCUGUGUGAGAACCAGCCAUGCCCCGCUGGCACCCCCAGCUUCAGGGAGCAGCAGUGCCAGACAUUCAACCGCCUCGCCCUCAGCUGGUACGCUGUCAUGGACGACGAGAGGCCAUGCACCCUCUUCUGUUCCUCCUCUGGUAAAGAGCAGCCCAUGCUAUUAGCCGAGAAGGUCCUGGACGGCACCUCAUGUGGAACCCUGGAAUCUGGCAUCUGUGCCAAUGGAACGUGUCAGAAAGUGGGGUGUGAUGGUAUCCUGGGCUCCCUGGCCAGAGAAGACCACUGUGGCGUCUGCAAUGGGAACGGCAAGUCCUGCAAAGUCAUCAAGGGGGACUUCAACCACACUCGCGGAACAGCAGGUUAUGUGGAAGCAGUGGUCAUCCCUAAAGGAGCCCGGAGAAUACGUGUGGUGGAGGAGAAGCCAGCACAGAGUUACCUGGCACUGAAGGAUGCCGGCAAGCACUCGAUCAACAGCGACUGGAAGAUCGAGCACCCGGGCACGUUCAACAUCGCCGGCACCACCGUGCACUACGUCCGCCGGGGACUCUGGGAGAAGAUGUCUGCCAAGGGGCCCACCACUUCCCCUCUGCAUCUUAUGGUGCUGCUCUUUAAUGACCAGAACUACGGGAUCCACUACGAGUACACCAUUCCAGCCGACCCCAGUCCAGAGCCCAAGGCGCCACCGGUACCCCGGCCUAGUGAGCCGCUCUUCAUGUGGACGCACUCGGGCUGGGAGGACUGUAAUGCGGUGUGUGGAGGAGGUGAAAGGAAGACUAUUGUCGCUUGCACCAAAAUUGUCAACAAAACAAACAGUGUGGUGGACAGCCGUAAGUGUCGUCACCUGACCAAACCGGAGCCCCAAGUGCGCAAGUGCAACGAGCAGCCCUGCCAAACAAGGUGGAUGACGACGGACUGGACGGCCUGCUCACGCACCUGUGGGAAGGGCUCCCAGAACCGGCAGGUGGCCUGCACCCAGCAGCUGCCCAACGGCACGCAGGUCAAGGCCCGAGACCGCGACUGCGCCGGCCAAAAGCCGGCCGCCUUGCAACGCUGCGAGGGCCAGGACUGCCUGACCGUCUGGGAGGCGGGUGUGUGGUCCGAGUGCUCAGCCAAGUGCGGGCAGGGAGCGCGGCAUCGCCUGGUGAAGUGCACCAACCCACGUAAGAAGUGUGACCUGAGUACGCUCCCACGCGAGGUGGAGGAGUGCGAGGACUACUCCAAGUGCUACAUCUGGAGGACUGGGGACUGGGCCAAGUGCUCUGUCACCUGCGGGAAAGGAAUGCAAUCCCGAGUCAUCCAAUGCAUGCACAAGAUCACCGGGCGCCACGGCAACGAGUGUUUUUCGUCUGAGAAACCAGCUGCGUACCGACCCUGCCAGCAGCAGCCCUGCAACGAGAAGAUCAACGUCAACACCAUCACCUCGCCGCGUUUAGCUGCCCUGACGUUUAAGUGCCUGCGGGACCAGUGGCCGGUGUACUGCAAGGUCAUCCGGGAGAAAAACCUCUGCACGGACAUGCGUUGGUACCAGCGCUGCUGCGAGACGUGCCGGGACUUUUACGCACAGAAAAUGCAGCAGAAGAGUUGACCUGCACUCCCCCUACUUCCCGCAGUCCCCAACCCAUCUCCCUUCCACACCCUCAGACAGAAAGGUUCUCCACUUGUCCCCUUUAAAGGAACCCUGGUUGGUUCUGGCUAGAACCAUCUGGUGAACAGCUGAUUGUUGAAGGAUGGAGGCCCUUGUUUUGGGUAUCAGCUGCAAUAGUUAAGAGAUAUUGAACAACUUGUCUUGUCAGGAAACUCUUAGAGCUCCAGCAACCUUAAGAGUUGCGACAGUGUAAGUUGAACGUAAAAUUGGACCUGUAAGGGUUUUGCGAUCGGCACAAGCCAAAUGAGCCUGUUGUUCUGGGAGUGUGGGGAUGAAAACACAUCUAGCCUUUUGGACUAGCGCUUGGCAUUUAGUCACUAUAGUUGUUUGCGAUCUUCAUUCAAAGAGUGUAUGCACUGCCUUUAGGGUCAGUACCACUCGUGUCUAAUGUAAGCUCAUAUUAUUUAUCAUGGAAGUAUUUCAGUAGUGUUGAAUGUUUCCUCUCAAAGUAAAAAUCCAGUCCAUGUUCACUUGUCCAAACAGCUAGAUAGUCUUUGUGACUAUGUCACAAUGUACAAUGUGUUGUACAAAGGAUGCUUUCCGAUAACCCCAAUAUAGCAAUGAAGUUAUGUCAUAUAAAGUUCUGAUUGGCUGAGAUGAGUGAGUGACAUCAUUUUAUGAUAACGCCGUUCUGACUGUGUACCAUUGUAUCCAAGUCUGCCUGUUUGUUUUGUGCAUAGGUGCAGGACACCAGUGCCAGUGUUCCUUCUGUAGAAGGACGUCACACAGUCUUAUGGGUUAGAAAAACACAGGCCUACUCACAAACAAAUUGGUUUUUCGGCGAAAGUGCCAACAUAAAUUUCCUUUAGGAAACCAAUUAUUCUACCAAAGGAAUGCCAUUGUUUAUUACAUAUAACUAAUCCACCACUGAUUGAUGGCAGUAAAUACACAUGAAAAAUACAUUGUAAGCUAUACUCAGCCACUGGAUCUGACUUCUCCUGAGACCAAAUGCCAAGCACUAGGGUCAUCUCACCCUCCUCCUCCCUUAUUUAUGACAGAUGCACUUCUCAAUGACGCAUCACACAGAACUCACCUGAUACGAACCACAUCACAGGUAAAAAGCACUGUUAUUUAUGUAUAUAUUUUAUACAAAAGAAAGCUUGGUUCUUUAGCUAUGCAUAUGGGUAAGCAGGUGAUACCAGUAGCAAGCACAUCAAGACAAAUAGCUGAACAUCUGUGUUACUUGUUUGGAUCACGACAAUCCAUUGGUUCACUAGUAAUCAUGUAUACUGUAAAGUUUGUUAUGUUUUAGUUUCAGAAUACUGAAUUGGUGCUAACGUUUGUGUUUUUGUUUAUUUGUUUUUCUUUUUUGCAUAUAUUUUUGUCAUCCAUACAGUAUAUGUAUACUUUAUAGCAUUGCAUUUGAUGGAAAUAAUCUAAAGGUGCCAGUUCUUUGAGGGUUUGAUAUUGUGAUUCAAAGGACAGCCUGGCAAACUUUGCCAUAUUUGCAUUUAAUUAUGUCAUAUCGACUGGAAGAAUUUAAUGGAAAUGAUAGGUCAUAUUCUGAAUCAAUAUAGACUGAUUAAAUUUAAUCAAACACAAACGCCCUCUCUCAGUGCAAAGCCAUGCCAUCGAAGGGGCUUAAUUCAGCCUUAACUGAUAAUAUCGCUCAAUAAUCCGACUCUUCCGUGGCAUGACAAACCACUAUUAUCAAUGUGUAAUUCAGCUCUGUAAAGCUUUAAAUUUCCCUGAGUUAUCUAUCAAAUGGGGCAUUUCAACCAUUUCACACAAGUUUGAUUUCUAACACGCACAUUAUUUUUCAAACAAUUAUCUCUCAUUUCAUGCCUCGUUGGUUGCCAUGCAUCAUUUUAAAUUGCAAUGUGGUCAAUUCAACAGCCUUGCUAACAACAGGAACCAAAAAUAGUGCUACUUUGUCAGUGAAAAGGGCUUAAGGAGAAGAACUUUUAGUCCUCAGUUUCUGCUAGGUGCUAUCACACAAUGUCUAUAAUCACUGUAAUAUAUGGGAUGCAGUUUGUAAAACAUUGCACAUUAUUUUAUCCAGCACAGUUUUUGCACAUGUAAUAUUGCCAAAUGUAAAAGAAAUGCACUACAAUUUUAAACUGUAACUUUUUUCAUACAGUACAUGUUUAGGAAAAUUGCUGCAAAUCUGCCAAGCAUAGUAUUUAUGAAAG